AUGGAGAACGGUUCAUCCUCAGAAGGAAAAGACCCGUCGGCCUUCCUCGGCGAGAUUAUUGGAGCUCCGGUGAUCGUAAAGCUGAACUCCGGCGUGGUUUACAAAGGUGAACUGCAGUCGGUUGAUGGCUACAUGAACAUCGCCCUCGAGAAGACCGAGGAGUUUGUGAACGGAAAACUUCGACGCAGCUAUGGCGAUGCCUUCGUCCGAGGAAACAACGUGCUUUACAUCUCGGCAAGCUGA